AUGCGCAAAUGUCUCGAUACUCCUGGAAAGCUCAUGGAUGCCCUAAAAUGCUGCUCUACCUUGGUCUCGGAGCUUCGCACGAGUAGUCUCGGCCCAAAGCAAUAUUACGAAUUGUACAUGGCUGUCUUUGACGCCUUGCGCUAUCUAUCAGUCCACCUCCGAGAAAGCCACCCGGUCAACCAUCUCGCCGAUCUAUACGAAUUGGUUCAAUAUGCCGGCAAUAUUAUUCCCAGACUAUAUCUCAUGAUCACGGUCGGCACGGCAUACAUGUCCAUUGAAGAUGCGCCGGUCAAGGAGUUGAUGAAGGAUAUGAUGGACAUGAGCCGCGGCGUUCAGCACCCAAUUCGUGGUCUGUUUUUGCGAUACUAUCUCUCUGGCCAAGUACGCGAUUACUUACCGACUUCCGACAGUGAAGGUCCGGAGGGGAACCUAGGCGACUCCAUCAACUUUAUUCUGACUAACUUUGUGGAAAUGAACAAGUUAUGGGUACGCCUUCAGCAUCAAGGCCACUCAAGAGAGCGAGAGCAGCGCAUUCGAGAACGAAAGGAACUACAACUGCUCGUGGGAAGCAACAUUGUGCGAUUGAGUCAGCUGGUCGAUCUUGAGACAUACAAAACCAGCAUACUCGGGCCUCUAUUGGAACAAGUGGUUCAGUGCCGCGAUGUACUUGCUCAAGAAUAUCUUCUUGAGGUCAUCACGCAAGUCUUUCCGGACGAGUUCCACCUCCACACUCUCGACCAAUUUCUCGGUGCUGUGUCACGCUUGAACCCUCACGUUGAUGUCAAAGCCAUUGUUAUCGGACUCAUGGACCGUCUGUCCGAGUAUGCCGACCGUGAAGGAUCAAAGGAUAAAAGGCCAGAGCAAGACAAGAUUGAAGCAGACGCUCUGGCCUCGCUUUUGGAGAAGGCUAGGCUUCUGAAGGAUGCACACCCGACUUCCGAAGCCGUCUCGAAGGCGACUACCAGCACGCAGGAGGAUGACGAUACCCCCAAGCAUAGCGAAGGUGGCGCAACUGCUGAAGAUGGGGCGAGUACCUUCGCUGGGUCGACAGCACCGUCAACGGCUGAAACAGAGACCACAGCCGUUAAUGGUCAAGACUCGACCGGCGCCAACGUUCAGCUCUACGAAGUUUUCUUCACUCAGGUCAAAAAUCUGGUGGAAGCGCAGCGUUUACCCAUCCAAGAUAUUAUUGCGUUACUAGUUUCUCUUUGUAAUCUCGCCCUGAACAACUAUCCCGACCGACUGGAUUAUGUAGACCAGAUCCUUGCGUAUGCCGCGCAAAAGACUAGGGAGAAUAUCAACAAUGCCGACUUACAUUCGCCCGGAGCUCAGCAAAGCCUCUUGGCUCUACUACAAGCACCGUUAACACGAUACGUGUCUAUAUUCACGGCCCUUUCCCUUCCAACUUACGUCCCUCUCUUUCAGUGCCAAUCGUAUCCCACGCGCCGUGCUGUGGCUGGUGGAAUCAUCCGAACGCUUCUGAAGGAUCAGCCAAAGAUCACCAAGGCUGAACAACUAGAAAAUGUCUUGGAGAUCAUGUCCGUUCUUAUCAAGGAGGGGUCUCAAGCGCCGCAAGGCUAUCCCGUUGCCUCACAGCGUCGUCCAGUGGAAACGGACGAGACCAUGGAGGAGCAAGGUUGGCUGGCUCGGAUGGUUCAUUUGCUACAAGCGGAACACAACGACAUUCAAUUUAAAUUGUUACAAAUGACGCGCAAGGCAUACGGCGAGGGCAACGAUCGUAUCCGAACCACUACGCCUCCACUAAUAACCGCCUGCAUUAAGCUUGCCAGAAGAUUCAAGGCCAGGGAGCACUUUGAUGACAAUUGGGAGUCUCAGAGCAAUGCUUUGUACAAGUUCAUUCAUUCAGUUCUGAGCACUCUUUAUACUCGGGUAAAUGGGCCUGGCAUUGCUGAGCUGUCUCUUCGUCUAUUCUGUAGCGCUGGACAAACAGCUGAUAUGACGGGCUUCGAGGAGGUGGCAUAUGAGUUCUACGCCCAGGCAUUCACAAUCUAUGAGGAAGCAGUGUCGGACUCCAAGGCUCAAUUCCAGGCAGUCUGUGUUAUCGCCUCGUCCCUCCAUCAAACACGCAACUUCGGCAAGGAGAACUACGACACACUUAUAACCAAAUGCGCGCAGCAUGGUAGCAAAUUGUUGCGGAAGCCUGAUCAAUGCCGGGCUGUUUACCUUGCAAGCCAUCUGUGGUGGGCUACUCCAAUCGCAUCGAAUGGCGAAUCGGAAGAAACAGAGCUGUACCGCGAUGGCAAGAGAGUCCUGGAAUGUUUACAACGGGCUCUUCGUGUAGCGGAUUCGUGCAUGGAAACUGCAGCCUCUAUUGAGCUCUUUGUGGAGAUUCUAGACAGAUACGUCUACUAUUUUGAUCAACGGAAUGAAUCGGUGACGACCAAGUAUCUCAAUGGCUUAAUCGAGCUCAUCCACUCAAAUCUGGCAGGAAACCAGCAGGACUCGGGCUCCAUCGAGACAAGUAAGAAGCAUUUCCACCAAGCCCUGGAGAAUAUCAGGAGCAGACAGUACGAGGGAGUGGUCCUUUACCCAAGCUGA